CCCCGUUUUGGAGCCGCGGAGGGUCCCACGCUGGCUCCGAGAGAGAGAGAGAGGGAGCGCUGCCCCCUGCCCAUGCUCAGAGACACUCUGGCGUCCUGGGAUCUCCGCCGCAGAGGCCCGGAGGGAGGGAGGGAGACAGGCAGGGAGGCUCCCCCGCCCGUCCUGCCGCCGGUCACAUGGCUGCCUGCUUGCCUGCCUCGGUCGGCUGCCCUAAUCCGGCGCCCGGCUGGGAGAGGAACGGAGCCAGCCCCGCAGACCUCACCUGCCGGCCCCAUCCAUCCCUCCAUCCCGGCCGCUUCUUCCUGCCAUGAUAAAGCACCUCUUGAAGGAAGACUCGGAGGAGGCCGAGCUGGUCCAUUUCCUCAACGACUACCCGGCUGAGGAGGGCUUCCGCCGUGUGGAGCCGGGAGAGGCCUGGAAGGACAGGGGCCGCAGUGGUGGCGGCGCAGAGCCCGAGAUGUUCCCCAGUGCAGCGCUCAGGACCCUCCCCGACGAGGCCUCGGAAGAGAAGGAGCAGAAGGGCUUCCACCGCCCCCGGCCUCUGGAUCUGAAGCAGCACAUGGCCACUCCAACGCCCCCCAGCCCGUCCCGUCCCAGAAGCCCCUGGGGCAGGCUGGACCCCUAUGAGUCUGAUGAGGACGACAAAGAGUAUGUGGGUUUUGCCACACUCCCCAAUCAAGUCCACCGGAAGUCUGUGAAGAAAGGCUUCGAUUUCACUCUCAUGGUUGCAGGAGAGGCCGGGCUUGGGAAGUCCACCCUGGUGAACAGCCUUUUCCUCACAGACUUGUACAAAGACCGCAAACUCUUAAAUGCCGAAGAACGGAUCCUCCAGACGGUGGAGAUCACCAAGCAUGUGGUGGACAUUGAGGAGAAGGGCGUCAAACUGCGCCUGACCAUCGUGGACACGCCAGGCUUUGGAGAUGCCUUGAACAACACAGAGUGCUGGAAGCCUGUGGCUGACUAUGUAGACCAGCAGUUUGAACAGUACUUCCGGGACGAGAGCGGCCUGAACCGGAAGAACAUCCUGGACAACCGCGUCCACUGCUGCCUCUACUUCAUCUCACCCUUUGGCCACGGGCUGCGGCCUCUGGAUGUCGAGUUCAUGAAGGCUCUCCACCAGCGAGUCAACAUUGUUCCCGUUCUAGCCAAAGCGGACACUCUCAUGCCUUCUGAGGUCGAGCGAAUGAAGAACAAGAUCCGAGAUGAAAUUGAUCAGUUUGGAAUCCGCAUCUACCAGUUUCCUGAAUGUGAUUCGGAUGAAGAUGAGGAUUUCAAGCUUCAGGAUCAAGCCCUCAAGGAGAGCAUCCCUUUCGCCGUCAUUGGGAGCAACACGGUGGUGGAGACGAAAGGCCGGCGGAUCCGUGGGAGGCUGUAUCCGUGGGGCAUCGUGGAAGUGGAGAACCCUCUGCACUGCGACUUUGUCAAGCUGCGGACCAUGCUGGUGAGGACCCACAUGCAGGACCUGAAGGACGUGACGCGGGAGACCCACUAUGAGAACUACCGGGCGCAGUGCAUCCAGAGCAUGACCAGGAUGGUGGUCAAAGAGCGGAAUCGCAACAAACUGACAAGAGAAAGUGGGACAGAUUUCCCCAUUCCGGCCAUCCCCUCAACACCAGAUGUGGAGACGGAGAAGCUGAUCCGGGAGAAGGACGACGAGUUACGCCGAAUGCAGGACAUGUUGCAGAAAAUCCAGCGGCAGAUGGAAGAUGCCCACUAGCCCCCGACCCCUCAGAUCCUGCAAAAACACCUUUGCUCCUUGCGCCCCCCAGAGACACAAAAUGUUUACAUCUCAGCUGCUCCAUCUGCCCUUCCCCAGCGCUUGGCCCUGACGAUGCACCUUGCACCUUAAGCUAACGGUCAUCUGAUGCAAUGAUCAUCGCCUUAUAACCGACACUCCGCCCUGCUUCUAGAUCGGAUUUCCUAAGGAACGAGGAGCUCAUCCAGGCGCCAAAUAUUCUGCCUGCGAUUCUCCAGCAUGUGAGAAUGUUCUGCCUCUUGCUCUCCUGCCUGACCUGAACCCUUUGGCAGCCGUCGCGAUAAUGAUUUGGGUGCAAUUCAAGUGCAAUUCAAAUACCUCCUUUUCCAGCUGCAGAAGGAUUCAGCAAACACAGAUUUUUUGCUCCUUGCUGAUGGCAAUGUGUGUCUUCGGAUCAUUUGCCCAGCAAAUCCCACCAUGGCAACCUUAGCU